AUGGUAUGAUGGACAAAUCACUCAAAUUCAUUUGUACAUAUCUCUUCCGAUUAGAAUUAAGGUUUUUGUUAAAGAAGCCAAAAGUACGAACUGAUAUAAAUGUAUUGGAAGGUAAAAACGAUUAUGUGAUUGUGCAUAUUUUUAUUUACAUAACGUAUUAAUAUGUUUAGUCAAAAUUUUACAAUGUUGAAGGGUAAAACAAAGAAUAUAUAAUGUCAUUCAGCAAAUUAAUUUCAUAGCUAAGCUUACUUUUUUUUUUUGAAUAUAAUAGCUGAGCUUACUUCGGCGUUACACAUCCAUGAUAGUACGGAUCAAAAUCAAUAUCAAAUAAUUUCUCACAUGCACACAUUCAGAAAACUCAGAGCUUCAACGUUUGUCAAUUUUUAAUCAUUUCCAUUUAUUUUUCCAGAAAAUGUCGUUUUCGCCCACAACUUUUUUUAUGAAAUCUAUAUUCGUUAUUUAAAGCAAAAAAUUAUUAAAAAAAGAUUUGGAAUGUCGCUAUAUAAAUCAAUGGUACUUAGUAAUUCAAUAAGGAAGAAAACGUUGUAAAGAGCAAUGACACUAGAAGCUUUAUCAUCAAACGGUCUCUUAAACUUUUUGCUCUCCGAGUCUCUUUCACCAACCCCAUUCAAGUCUCUCCUCGAUCUCGAGCCAGCGCCGGAAAAUGACAUCAUCAUCAUUCCCAAGAACACAAUUCCGGAGAUGUCUCAACAAGAACCAGCGUCACGGCAGCCACCACCGGCUAGCAGAGGGAAGAAGCGGAGGAGGAGGAAGCCUAGGGUUUGCAAAAACGAAGAAGAAGCUGAGAAUCAACGAAUAACUCACAUCGCGGUAGAAAGAAAUCGAAGAAGACAAAUGAAUCAACAUCUCUCUGUCUUAAGAUCUCUCAUGCCUCAACCUUUUUCUCAAAAGGGGGAUCAAGCUUCAAUAGUUGGUGGAGCCAUAGAUUUCAUCAAAGAACUUGAACAUCAGUUACUAUCUCUUGAAGUUCAAAAGCUUCAAAAGGACAAACUAAGCCAGACGGUUACGUCUUCAACAAGUCAAGACUCAAACUGCGAACCUGAGAAUCCUCACCUGUCUCUAUCACAGUUCUUUCUCCACUCGUACGAUCCAAGCCAGGAGAAUAGAAAUGGCUCAACAAGCUCGGUGAAAACCGCUAUGGAGGAUCUUGAAGUGACUCUAAUAGAAACUCAUGCUAACAUCAGAAUCCUGUCAAGAAGAAGAGGUUUCCAAUGGACCUCGGUGGUGGCUACCACCGGGCCACCGCAACUUUCAAAGCUAGUGGCUGCUCUACAGUCACUCUCCCUCUCCGUGCUUCACCUCAGUGUCACAACAUUAGAAACUUUUGCUAUUUACUCAAUCAGCACUAAGGUGGAAGAGAGUUGCCAGCUAAGUUCAGUAGAUGACAUUGCAGGAGCAGUUCAUCACAUGCUAAGUAUCAUUGAAGAGGAACCUUUUUGUUGUUCAACAAUCCCAGAGUUACCCUUUACUUUCCCUUUAAAUCACACAAAUGCCACUCAUUCUCUCUGAGAAUUCUCCUUUCCUUUUUAAUUCCUUCUUUUUAUUUUAUCACAUAGCACAUCUUCGAUCGUUUUUUCUUUCAGAAUAACGAAGGUUUAUUGCUUUAUUUUUGUUUCCUAGGUUCUUUUCUGACUCUGUAAAGGCUAAAUGUGAAUCCAUGUGGAGUAUAAUGGCACAUAAUAUAAUAGUAUUUUAUUAGUCCUUUUUAA